CCUCUUUUGCCCAUAUUUGUAAAGAACAUUGUGAUAUAAACUCGCACCUGGGUAUAAAACGUGUUGCUCUAUGAAUCUCGAGGGAUUGGGGUGAGAAUAUUGGUCUUUGGCUGCCAUGUUUGUGACUAAGGUUACUUUUGGCCUGUUGGCCUUCCUGCUGGUUUUCUCAGCUGAGGGGAAGCCUGUUGUUGAGGACAAGUCUGCUCAGCUGUCUGUGUCUGAACUGCUGCACAGAGCCAACAGAGGCAUCAUUCCUAAACCUGAUGAGCCUAAGCUAAUGGAUGACAUUGCUGUGAAUGAGAGAAAUGCUGAUCCCUGCACCUCCUAUGGCUGCCUCUGGCCCAAAUACAGCGACGGCAAGAUUUAUGUGCCUUAUGUCAUCGCUAACCACUACUCCUCCCGUGAGCUGGAGAUCAUCCAACGUGGUCUGGACUCUUUCUCCUACAGCACCUGCAUCCGCUUCUUCCCCCGCAGCAAUGAGAGAGACUAUAUCAGCAUUGAAUCUCGCAGUGGAUGCUACUCGUACGUUGGUCGUCAGGGUUAUAGCCAGACUGUGUCUCUGGACCGUUAUGGUUGCGUUUACCACAACAUUGUCCAGCAUGAGCUUCUCCACGCUCUUGGCUUCAACCAUGAACAGACCCGUAACGACCGUGACAAUCACAUCCAAGUCAUCUGGGAGAACAUCAGGGAUGACAUGAAGUACAACUUCGACAAAAUCAACACCCUAAACCAGGGAACUCCCUAUGACUACAGCUCUGUGAUGCAGUAUGAGAGAUACGCUUUCUCCAAGAAUGGCCUCCCCACCAUGGUUCCCAUUCCUGACAAUAAUGCAGCGCUGGGCACAUCUACUGAGAUGAGCCAGAAUGACAUCAUCCGAAUCAACAGGCUCUACCAGUGCUGAACAACAGAAUGUGUCUUCAGCACCCAGACAUGUCGCCUACACUACAAUGAAAGUUGACUCAAGUAUCAUGGAUGGUGUUGACUUCUGUGCUUACUUGAAUCGCCAAUAAAUUUUCAAUCAUAGAGAACAUAAAA